AGGAAGAGGGUUUACGAAAAGCUGCAGAGCAACACUACGCCAAAGUGAAUAACGGUAUGAGCAGAAAGCACGCCGUGCCACCCACCACCCAGCGUAGAGAGACAGCUCGGAGAGGAAUGAUGAAGCUAUCUGGUUAACGGAACACACGGCUGAUGAAGAGGGCAGGCGAAACAACCAUGGCAUACUGACAGCCACUGGCUGCCGGUUAAUGGCAGGCAUUAAUCUGACCUCACGUGCCCGGAGAGAUGACCCAAAACGCUAAAAACACUCUGCCAAUAUUUUUGUCUCUAGUGUGGGGUCAUUUGAAAUCACAUAUGCGUUGGCAGUUUUUGACCUUCUUUUGGUUAAUCAGAAAUUGAUUUUACUGUGAUCUUCUAAUCGAAGUUCAGCUUUUGGGGAAGUGAGUUGUAAUUGUUUCCAUGGUCGGCAGUACACAACGGAACUGAUUUGUGUAUGUUAAUACAUCGUAUAGUUGAUUCCAUGCCCAAGGGUACACAGAAGAACUGAUUUAUCUAUUAUGCUAUAUCGUGGCUUCAAACAUGUCUUCCUCUAACAGCAACUCCAAACUGUUGCGAAAGAUAUCUAUGGUGAAUCGCCCGCGACCCUUCAGGGUGGUUCUUCUGGGACAGAAAGGAGUUGGCAAGUCAGCUCUGACAGUACGCUUCCUUACUCGACGUUUCAUUGGAGAUUAUGAUCCACUCUGGGUACAAAAAGUGUACACGUGCACCCGAUGUGUGGAUGGUGAGACGAUAACGUUUGAAAUUCUGGAUACUGUAGGAGUGGAAGAGAGUCCUAAACUCGAGGAAAAAAUCAGAUGGGCUGACGCCUUCCUGUUGAUAUAUUCAGUGACGGACAGAUUGAGUUUCGAUGAAUGUGUCCGAUUAAAAUUGCUCAUCACUAGCUAUGCCAAAAAGAAUCGACGGAUCAGUCUGACAUCGACCGCCGAUUCUUGGAAUACGAGCUAUCUGCCCGUGAUUUUGGUGGGCAACAAGACAGACAUUGCUCACGAUCGAAUGGUAUCGGAAGAAAAUGGCCGCCAACGGUGCUGUGAACUGAACUGCUUGUCCUUCUACGAAAUUUCUGUUAGGGAGUCGGUUGAAGUUUGUGCUGAGAUUUUUGAAGACUUGUUUCUGUAUUGCAAAAGACCAAAAAAAUAUAAGACAUCAGGCAAUGGGUCUCAGAUUCCUCGCCUUCCGUCCAGUUCGGAUCUGGAGUCGCAAGAUUCCACGUCUCCAACGUCAACCACACCGAAAGCCUACAACCGUCGACGACGCGGGAUAGCGGGUACACUAGGAGUCGACAGCUGAUGAAAAAAAUGGGCGAAUUAACCAUUUAAACAGUGGAAUCAGUGAAGAGUGACUCUGGCCCAAGCCCAUUGUUCUGUUGUAAUAUAUCAUCAUGAGCACUAAGCUUUCAGUUUGUGCAACAAAUCGUCAGCGCAAUGGCAUGCGAGAAUGAACAACAUGCUUAUAAUCAGCAUUUAAAACAAAAAGUGAUUUUGAUUGUCAUUCUUUUACAUCUACAGGUAAAUGUAUAUCGAUGUUUGCAUGUUCCAUUAAAUACUGAA